ACUCGGUGGCCGAGCUCUGUCGCAGCCACUUCCUGCAGGAGGUGAACCGCAUCAUCGACGGGGCGACCGUCUGGUCGCAGAACGAGCGAAACCUCAGCUGCCAGCUCACCUUCCAGACGGAGGCGAUCCUGCAGCGGCUGAUGGUGAGGUUCGACAAGUUGCAUCUCGACUGCAACGACCACCUCUACAUCCAUGAUGGUGCUCAUGCCAUCAGUGGCAACCAUAAGGCUGACCUGUCCUGUCGAAACACCAAAGAGUCGGUGGGGACUCUCUACACACGCAGCAACUUUGUCACGCUGAACUACAAGACGGACGGCUGGGGCACCAGCAGAAACGGCUUCAAGAUUGUCAUUACUGCCUUCAAACCCGUCAGCAAGAACCAAGCUGCCGAGUGCGAUGGCUUCGUGUGCCAGCGGCACUGCAUCUCGAGCCACCUACAGUGCGACGGUGUGGUCCACUGUCCGGACGGUGGCGACGAGUCAGUCCGGGCCGGCUGCGUCGACGCUGGUCUGGUGCCGCUGCUGGGCGUGGACCAGACGCUGCUGGUCGGGGCGCUGGCCGGCGCCGCCGUAGUCAUCGUGGCCACCUCGCUGACGGUGGUCGUCUGCUACUGUCGACGCUCCCGGCGCCGGCGUGACGAUAGCGGCGCACUCAACGCCCACCGGAUGUCGGCCGGCGGCCAGGCGGCAGCCAACGGCCUGGGCUCCGGCCAUCCGAAGUCGACCUCGGAAAACUGGCGCUGCCCUGCGGCCCGGACGGGGUCACCCCCACGCACCCUCUGCUCACCGUUGCCGCCCGAGGGCCGGGGUCACACAGAGACUCCGGCGGGCCGAAGGAUGAGUGGUUUGUGUAGGGGGUGGAGCCUCCGCAGGGGGGCGUGGUCUGCCGGCCCUGGCAGCCGCGCCCACAUCGCCCACCGCUGUGACGUCAUCGGCGGACGUAUCGCGAGGACUCUGGUGGUCGGACUCGGAGCUAUAUGACGUCAUCCGCGGUGGAUCGCGAGGACUCUGGCAGUCGGAGCCUUAUGACGUCAUCGGCGGACGAAUCGGCUAUCAGCGCCGUAUGACGUCAUCUCGUCGCCCGUGACCAGGUGACGUCAUGACGGCGCUCCCCGCCGCCUCCUGACAUCUCGGCUAGAAGCGGAGCGCCGCUACCAGUGACGUCAGACGGAGAGACGCCGGCCGGACUGCGGCCUGCAGGUCGGCGCCAAAGCUCGGCCAGCACCAGACAUGGCGCCUCGCAGCGCUGGCUCUGCACCAGCGGCGCCCAGCCCAAGGCGGCCCAGCACAGCCCCAGCGUCCCCUCCGCCGCGACCUGGCCGCUCGACCUGACGUGGCCAGGUUGGGCGUCCCCACUCCAGUCUCGAGCUGAACAGCCUGUGCCUUCACGUAAGGCCCCGGUAUGUCCGCCGGUCGCUGCGCAGCCGAGCAGGGUGUGACGUCGGUGGUGGAGCUCAGCUUGCUCCAGCCGCGCUACACGAUUAGAUGCCUCCAGUCCCGUACCCUGACCCGGCCGGAUCCGAACACAGUGGCCGGCGCUUGCUGUCCGCUCCCAGAGAAAACGCGAUGUCACUCAUGUGCGCGCGCAUGUGUGUGGACUGGAAUGGGGGCGGGGAUGCAGGCUCGAACACAGACACCGGCUGUGUGGGCCAUCGAGGCGCUUUGCACCACCGGCCCGGGGGCUAGUCCAUCAUAUCAGGCGGCAUAUCAUGCGGCAUAUCAUGCGGCAUGCAUCAACCGUCAUCAUCGCGUAGUUCAUGUGAGGUCGUCACUCAUGGCUGUUCGCAUGCAAAACAGAGGCCCGUGGGACCUCCCCGACCGCGACGCGUGAUUGGUCGGGGCGGUGCUUCGAGCGUGCCCUUCCUUUGCCGGACGGCGCCAGAAUCAGGCCCGAACGCAUGGUCCGAAAGCGGAGAACGCCCCGCUGACGCACGCCAAGUGAGGCGCGUUUGAGGCUGGUGAUGUGGCGAGCGAAUAAAAGACGUCUGGCAGAUGAUCUAACCGAAAUGGAACAGUGGCAGGUCUAUAUCGAACGGCUGAUCUCCGAAUACAGAUUCUGCUAUCAC